AUGCUAACAUAUCCAGAUAGACAGAGAUUUGAACAAAUACGAGCUUUGUGGGAAACGGCGCGAUCGGAUGAAGAAAAUACAGCAGAUAUGGUAAGCUGGAGGGACAAACCAGCGCAGCAGCAGCCGGUGAGCGCGAACCUGAAUGAGAACGGCGCCCGCAAAUUUCGGAGAAAGCUCAGUUACGGCCUCUCUCUCAUAUCAAAUCCUCUCUCCCAACGAAAGAUCACCCCAGGACGCAAUCAAGUUGAGACCAAUUCAUUGGCUGUCACUGAGCCCCCCACAACUGACGCCAUCACUGCGGCCUCUGCAUGCGAUUCCCCGGCUUUAAUAGCGCGCGAAUCGACGUCUCUCAUAAACUUCAACGACUUGACAAAAGGUCUAGUACGACAAGAGGAUGCUGAUAUUACCCCCAAGCCACUUCCUCGCUCGCGCACGUUGGGCUUCAUCCCACUCUCCAUCAGCACCGAGCCUUAUACACUAGCGACAGAUAUCGACGAAUCCGUCAAGCUUUGCUCUUCGGCAGUGAUUCCUAUAUCCGAGAUAGAUCCAGUGCCUUCAAAGAUUCCCUCACCAAGUCCUCCGUUGUUCGAACAUCGUUGCGCUAGUCCACGCCGAUAUCUUCACCAUCACACAUCCUUCAGUGCACCACAACAAACCAAAUACAUUGCUGCAGCUCAAACCUUCGUCAGCACCAAUAAAAUUUCACCUGCAAGAAUUUCACAGCCAUUACGGUCACGCACAACACCAAACCUUGUGAAGGUAUCGAACGCACGACAGACUGCAGGGUUUAUGGCCCCUAGGCAACCAGGACCUAAGAGACCCAAUGUAUCCGAAAGACCCGAGAAGCCAGUAUUACAGGAAAACAUCCCUAUCGAAAAACGCAUUAACAACGGGCAGUCUCAAAUACAAGAGAGUAUGCUGAAGCGUGAAUCUCUUGCAGUUGCGGGAGCACUAUACGACAGGAGGUCUUUUGAACCAAGCACUCUAAUUAUGCAGGGCAGAAGAACAAGCUUCGUAACUCCACCAACUGCAAGCAAACAAAAGAGCUCCCAUCUUACUCAAAACACUCCAGCCACUGCAAAGAGAAUUCAGCGUGAGGAGCUGACUGCACUGUCGCCACCAAGCCGCCUUACUAUGAAGCCUGACCUAGCCUUAAUGCCUUCAUUUCCAGACACCUCGAUAAAGAAAACCUCACACAGGGUACUUUCCCCAAAGCCAGCAUUGAUACGCUCCUAUACGCAAGCAGAUUUGUCGAGGAAAACACUAGGUACACCGAAUGGCUUGGGUAGCGUUUGGCGGCCGUCUCGUGCGCUUGCUGUGGUAAAUCACGAGGUGAGCAAACUUCCGCGCUCCAAUACCGUCCAUUAUUUUGGACCUCAGCCGGAAGCUGCUCUGCCAGUACCUCCUCUGCCACUACACCACAGAAAGUUAUCCCUUUCAGAGUUAAUGCAGCAUUUACGUAUGAGUCAAGAUACGCCCGCCAUGCCUCGCCACGGAAGAAUAGUAUCUGAUACUAUCUCAUGUCAGUCCAUACCAGAAGAGAGCGGUGAAGAGGUGUCAAGUCACGGUUGCGCAAGCAUGCCACUUGAGGCUACAAGAGCCUCUUCUCCUUCAGAGACGCCCAGUUCAUCAACUUUCAGUCUUACGAUAUUUCCCUCGUUACCAGAUACACUUCAGCCUUCAGCCUUGGGAACACCACCUGUAUUAGGCACAACAACGACAUCGUCACACGAAGUUUCACGCGAGACUUUAGGAGAUGUUCGGGAGAAAGAGACGCCAGAAGAUGCUGACAAUAGUGUUUUCCAGGUUAAAGAUUACAUGCCACCGCUGUAUUGGGCUGGAAGAUUUCAGUCUCGGUAUGACCAGUGGCGUACUGACGCUAUGAAUGCGGAGUUGAAUACUCAGCCGGGCCAGCGAGGAGAGGACCCGUUGAGCGAAUACAGACUUGACCAAGGAAACCUUGCGGUAUGCCAUAUCUUCGCGCAGCUGCGUGCUCUAUGUGCUACCGAUCAAGCAGCAGAUAGUCUUUGGGUGCGUGUCGAGUUUGAGUACAAGUAUCGAAAAGAUCACAGGCUGCUUGGCAAUCCAGCCGAACCCCCAAGAAGAGCCCCGCCUAAGCAAAGCGAUAGCGAAACUGUUCCAGAAACCGGAGCUGGUACUAUUGAACGAGCUUUAAGAAAAUUGACCCCCCGCAAGAGCAGCCUUGUCAAUCUCAUGAAGGGAAAAGGAUGGAACAAAUCGGAUGAGAUGAAGGACAAUGAUACGCUGGAGGAAGAUCAGGAGAAAUCUUCAGGGAAGCCUUAGAUC